CUCUGGAUGCUGUAGUUCCUGAAGAUAUGGUCCAGACUCUUCCAUCGGUGGUAGUGAACAACGUUUCCUACGCCAUGUUUAGUGUGUUCUACAACAAGAACACUAGACGCCUGGAAUAUGAAUACUUCGCCACAACUCCACGAACAUGGAAUUUAGUGGAAGGAAGACAAGCAUAUGUUAUAAAUCUAACUACCAAAAGUAAGGACUCCAAAUCUCUAGAAAAAUACAGGUUGUCGACCCAUUUGUUUUGAUAUGAUUGAAACAAUGCAUGUAAAGGAAGAAGAAGUGUGUGAAGAAGUCGAGCCAUUGCAAAUUACAAAUUAUGCAAAUAAGAGGCCUCAAGUUUUCAUUGAGGACGAUGAGACUACUGAAGACUGCCUACUCGAUUUUGCUGAUAGUCUUCAGUAGCUACGAAGUAUGGUGUCUGGAAGAGCCCCAUCAAGAAAUCUACCUACAGCCGAGAAAUUUCAAUCCUCAUCCUUACGAAGUGGUUGCCUCUCGAAGGACCUCACCUGACACAGGACCUAUACUGUUCCCACCGUCCCCUCCACCUGAAACAGAAGGGAGUAAUUUCAUAAAAGUUGAUAACAGCCAACAUCCUGUCGACAGCCAUCCCUAUCCCAAAUUGGUCAGGAAGCAUAAGUACAGGAAUCCUGGAAGACAUCAAGAAUUUGAAAGUCAAAUCGAUCCACAAAUUUCAAAAUCGUUGGCAGGACAUGCUAAAAAAGUUUUGGGUCAUUCCAAUUAUGAGGAUUAUGAUGGUUCUUCUUUGAAUGAACAAAAGAACUACGCGUUCUCCUACAAAGUGGUGGACCAUUUAACAGGAGACGACUUCUCCCACACGCAGUCCCAGAACGAGAAGGCCACGAGCGGUGAAUACCGAGUGAAAUUGCCAGACGGCAGGGUUCAAAUUGUGUCAUACACCGCAGAUAAAAACGGCUACAAAGCAGACGUUAAAUAUCAGGAGGGCGACGUCUCGGAGAGGGAACCACAACAGAGGAGUAAUGUCGGAGCGGUGGGGGUAAGCAAGUUUGGAUCGUACGGACGUGGAGAUGGAAGGUAUUCGUUUGAACGGGAAGGUAUCGAGUUAAGAUUGAAGACAACGCCCUCUACUCCCAUACAUGAGAACCAUAUAGAGGAUUACGAUUAUGAGCAGGGCGAUGGGAGGGUGGAUCAAGCACAGGUGUCUAAGGGAUCGCCAAGGCUGUUUUUUGCAGUUACUCAACCCACAUACCAAGCCUACCAACCGACACAAACUUCUCACAUUUCCAACAGAAUUCAACAAUAUUCAAACCUGGACUACGUCGAUGCUUCACAAUCCCAGAGCCAUCAGAAUCAACCCCAGUCCUCUCAUCGGUUUCAGAUCAUUCCGCAUAAUAAAGUCCAAAUAGUCAAUCAGGGAGCGCCAGGUUUCAGCUCAACCGUUGCCCCAACGUAUUUAGACAACCCAGCGAUAAUUUUGUCAACCCUCGCACCCCAGCUCUCUGAUGAUUAUCAACAUGUUUUCCUGAAGAGCAUAAACGGAGCAUAUGGGAGGAAGUGAGAGGAUAUAAUGAAUGAACAAUGGAAGGUGUUAUGUAAUGAAUGUAUGAUGUAAAUAAAAAUUCGCCAUAUCAUUUAUAGUGUGUCCUACAAGCUCUGUGACAAACUUUCAACGGAAGGUAACUGCCCUCAUCCUGAAUAAAGUUUUUUGAGAAAUAAAAGUUCAUUCAUGG